UGGGUGUGAGGAGGUGGGCAGCCGAAGCCCUGUGUGGCCGCUCAGUUUUGAAGAAGUAAAAAUGUCUAUUGCAAUCACUCCAAUAAAGAGGAAACGUCUGUCCACUGGGGAUGACCGUGCGGAUUAUACCCCUAUCUUCACUGGUGGACUAAUAUCAGAAACUCCAUCAAAGCAAAGAAUCCUCAACUUUGAUGAAGUUGCCUCUCGUUCGACGAAAAAGCGGUCUCCUGAAUUUAGAAGCUUGCCGCUGUUAAGUCAAUUUCAAAAGAAAUAUAAUCCUAAUAAAGAAAAUCAACAAGGCUCUCCUAACAAACCCUCUGUAUCCACAAAGUCUUUCUACAGCAAGACUAAGCAACUGUACCUCACUCCUCUUGAGAGGAAGUUGAUCAAUCUGAGUAAGCCUGCUACACGUGGUGAUCUGAAUGUAGAUGAGCCAAAUAAACUGAAAAAAGCUAAAUCUCCAUUGAAUAAACAAAUUAAAAGAAAGAUAAACCAUAAGACUAGAGCUUCACUGGAUUCAAAAAAUACACCAAUAGAUCAAAGCAGUGUUGAAGAUGAAUUGAAUGAUCCGGAAAGUGCAAAGCCUAAAGUAAAUAAUAAAGUUGAAAGAAAUAUGAACUUGUCAAAUGGUCCUCAUUCUAAAGCUUUGUUGGAUUCAGAAAUUCCUCAUUGGUUGUCAACCAUUUGGAACAGUGAUGAAGAUGAGGUGAAUGAACUGGAAAAUGCAGAACCUCGAAUGAAUAAGAAAGUUGAAAGGAAAGUAAACCAAUCCAGUGGCCAUGUUACAGCUUCAUUGGAUUCAAAAACGUCACCAACAAAUCAAAGCAAAGAUGGUUGUAUCAACACCACCACAAAACUGGCUUUGAAAGAAGAUAUUUGUGAUAAACCUCCUGCCAAGAUGUUUCUUUAUAGUUCAAAAGUAAAUGGCGUUAAGGUACAGCAGAGAUUCCGAAUCCAAAUGGGUGCCGCUUACUUUUCCACAGGGAGAAGAUCCCAUCUUUUUUCUUCAAAAACAAUGGCGGUCGAAUCACUUUCAACACAUUGCAGCACCCAGUUCGAACAAGCGACGAGCAAAACUCAAGGUGAUCUUAAUCUGAAGGAAGUGAAGAAGGAGGUUUCUCAAAUAGUUAAUCAAAGCAUUGGGAAGCGUGAUCUCAAAAACGUGUCAGAGGAUACUCGCAAAAUAGAGAAACUAGAAAUUGGAAACAUCAAUGAAGAUGCUGAGUCUCCGCCCUCCAGCUGGGUUAACUUCGUGAUUAAAAGGGAUGUAAAGUUAAUACUUCAGAGAAUUGAAGUGCUGCAUUUUAUUCAUCCAGGAUUGAUCUCCAAGGAGGUAAAGUCAUUGAAAGCGGAAGAUUUGACAGAAACGUGGUUUGAUCAGUUUCAGGAUUCAGAGUCAAAACAGGAUGAACAAGAAAUAUGGCGUGUUCAGAGACACGAUGUAGAUGAAUCUGAUUUGGAGAUGGAAGACGGGAUUGAUUCUGAGAAAAAUGGAGGCUCAGAACCAGUUUCUGCUGUCUACCCCAUUUUUAGUAAAAGGCAUCAGCUGCCGAAGGAUGAUGCCACUUCUGUUGGGUCCAAGACCCCGUUUGAUACUGUUCCUGCAAUACCGCAUCCAGCAUAUCAACAGAAAAAUAAAAGAAAGAAAGAUAUUGAGAGAGAAUACAAAGAUCAGCUCAUAAUUGAUGCCGGUCAGAAGCACUUUGGGGCUGUUGCCUGCAAAUCCUGUGGUAUGAUUUAUACAGCAGCCAAUCCUGAGGAUGAAAUGCAGCACGUUCAACAUCACCAGAGGUACCUGGAAAGGCUACGAUAUGUGGGAUGGAAGAAGGAACGCGUAGUUGCAGAAUAUCUGGAUGGAAAGAUUAUAUUGGUUCUCCCGGAUGAUCCGAAAUAUGCUCUCAAAAAGGUAGAGGAAUUGCUGGAGUUGGUUGAUAAUGAACUGGGCUAUCAGCAAGCUGCACUGAGCAAUGCCAGCCGAAGCAAAACCUAUAUGUUCAUCUCUAAUGAGAAAAAGAUUGUGGGCUGCCUCAUAGCAGAAAAUAUCAAACAGGCUUUUAGAGUCUUGUCUGACCCUGCAGAACAGAAAAUGUCUAAGACCCAUGAGCUGUUUGAACAUCAACGUGCCUGGUACUGCUCUACGAAGCCAGAGGAGGCUAUCUGUGGCAUAAGCAGAAUCUGGGUUUUCAGUUUGAUGCGAAGAAAAGACAUUGCCAGUCGGAUGGUGGAUACUCUCCGAAAUACUUUCACGUAUGGGACCUGCCUGAGUAAAAAUGAAAUUGCAAUGUCAGACCCAACACCGGAUGGCAAACUUUUUGCAACAAGUUAUUGUGGAACCCCAAAUUUUCUUGUUUAUAACUUUAUUAGUUAGGUUUAAAAGCAAUGUUGAUUCUUGAUUUCCUCUGAUUGUUCCGCUUUGUUUCCAUGCAUUGUAUCUCAACUAAUAUUAAAUAAACUAUUUUAAAUAUAGCAUUUAGUAAUUGAGCUUAAUAACUUCAAUUGAAUACUAGAAAUGUAUUUCUGGUCUUUACUGCAUUGUUAUCUGCCCUAAGUUAAAGUUCAGUGUCUUUAAUUGUUCCUUAAGUUAAUUAUGUUCAACAUCCAUUCAUGAAACUAGUUUCUAAUGUAAUCCUAGGUCAAAUGGACUUGAAUAUACAAAUGAAUGUUUUUUUAAUUCAAUUUUAUAACAAAAUGUAAAACAAGGAAUUAACUUUUUCCUGUGUUGAGGCAAUCCUCCAUUUUCUCCUUUCCCAAAUUCUCUUGAUUGAACGUAUUUGGUUUGAAGACAUUUGUUUUUAUGUGCAAUUUGAACUCAGGAUAGUUGGAUGGAAUUUUACCAAACUGUCAUGAGCUGAAAAACAUUUGACCCAGUACAAGGCAAAAACUGAUGUUUGUAGGUAUAGACUGUCAAAGGUGUUUAAAUAAAGUAUUUGUUUCCCACAAUAAAUCUUUAAUGAUUUAAUGGUUAA